AAAUGGUGAGGAGCGACUUUUGGACGUUGAAGACGGAGGAGGUGACGGCGGAAUUAAUCAAUGCCGAUAUCAGUGAGUUGAAACUGGCGGUUGAGAGGCUGUUUGAUCAUGUCACUAAGAUCGGUGGCCUAGGGUUUGGUACUUCAUUUCUCGCUUGGGUUGCAUCCUUCGCUGCUAUUUAUCUGUUGAUAUUGGACAGAACAAACUGGAGAUCAAACAUUCUGACCACACUUUUAGUACCUUAUGUAUUCUUUAGUCUUCCUUCAUCCAUAUUCUAUUUCUUAAGGGGACAAUUUGGGAUGUGGGUCGCGGUCAUUACGGUGGUACUAAGGCUCUUUCUCCCACGGCAUUUCCCAGCAUUAAUUGGUGCAGAUUGGCUCGAGAUGCCUGGAUCGAUGGUUCUUCUUAUGGUAGUUGCUCCAAACUUAUUUGCUCAUACAUUCAGGAAUAGCUGGGUUGGUCUUGCGAUAUGUCUUUUAAUAGGUUGUUACCUACUUCAAGAGCACAUUCGGGCAUCGGGUGGUUUCAGGAAUUCUUUCGUUCAAAGCCAUGGUAUAUCUAACACCAUCGGUAUUCUCUUGUUGCUGGUCUACCCGAUGUGGACUCUCAUCGUUCGCUUUGUUUAAAUCCUGC